AUCGUCAAAGGUCAGUGUUCGCGCACUGCCUUUACCGUAGCGUGAAUCGGCGGCGUGGGCCUGUGUCCAUACGAGGCUGGAGCGGUCGGAAGCGGGGUGGACGCCCGACUGAAGCCUGUGGCUUUUUGAUUAGUUUAGAUCAGCAUCUUACUCUCUUUGAGAAUUCCAGCCGCACCCAUGCCACAAACUACAUCACGUCGUUCUGCGACAACACCCCCCAUAUCGACCUCGAAACACAAAGCAGCAUCGCCUGCAUUGGAUAAUGAUAUGGACGAUGCAGAUCUCACAACGGCGGUUGUAGGGAGUCCCCCAGUUGGAGGCGUUAGUCCGCCGGUCGUGGAAAACGCGCUUGCUGCCUCCGAUGGAGAUGAUGGCGCGAAUGAGGAAGAGCUCGGCGUCGGACGGGGUAUCGGACAACCUAUGGAUGGCAUGGAGAGUUCGGAAGAGGAUUUGGGUGCCCUUGGGAGUGGCUUCGGUGGAUCGAACGAAAGGACGAUACCCGCCCGCGGAUCUGAUGUCGGCACGAGCGUGACAACGGGUACGCUGGGCACUGGGAGUGGAAGCACAGAAGGCCCGAUCACGAGACGGCGGCAGUCGCUCGAAACCGCAACCAUUGAUAAAGUCGUACCGUCGGUCACCAAAGUUGCCCAGGCCAACCUGGCUGAGAUCGCUAUGGAGACCCCAGAUGAUAUCUUGUUGAUCGGAUCCAGUAGUGCUGCCGCGCCGAUCAAUGUGGAGGCCUCGAACUCCCAACCUAGCGGUGGGAGCGAUAGCGAUACUAGUCCGAUUGCGUUAGAUCCAGAAGCUGCCCGCGCGCGCUCAGAAGCACGUGGAAAGGGGCGCGCCUUCUCACAGUCCCCACCCACCAACACCCCCGCAUGGGAUCCGACGUACACCAGGGAAACCGCCUCCACUGACGAACGUCCGGGGCUGAGUCGUGGCGGGUCUAGUUCAUCCCUCACUGGGAUGUCGGAGGAUGUUGAUGGUACCUACGCGCAGCUGCUCGCCAUGGGCUUUGAGCCGAAAGUGUGCGAAAUAGCACUGAGGAAGUGUAUCAAACAAAGGAAACAAAAUGAGGAAAAACGAAUCCAGGAAAGCGAAGCACAGGGACAGACCGGUGGCUCCUCGCCCAAGGUUGGGAAGAAACCAGAGAUUCCGCCACCUGUUCCACCAUUGUUGGAUGUCGUAGUUGCAUAUAUAGUAGAACGAACUGGCGAUGGAGAUGGUAUCCGGGGUGUCGAACUCGGUGCGUCGUCGCCCUCAGCUGGGCGCAGGCAAAGCUCUGAACCCGAAGUUCUUCAUGAGCCCGGAGCGGUUCGGGCGCCCACCAAAAGCAUCUUGAAAAACAGUAAUCCCUCGCUAGCAAGCAAUCCGGCAGCCAGCGCGGCGAAUCAGAUGAACUUCGGCAGUCUUGGUGGCGUGACUUCGGGUUUCUUCUCGAACUUUGCGCAGAACAUGGCGGCGCUAGAUCAUAGACACGCCGCGACCAACACGGCCAACGCGAAGGAGGGUAGCGCGGGAAAUAGUAAUCCGGCUGGUGGAUCGCUCUUCCCUCGCGGGCUGACGCAGAUGGGCAAGCAGGCUCUGACGUCCUUUCAGGGCAAAGUGAAACCUCUGUUGAAACAGAUCUCGAGCGAUUUGACGGAUUCAAGUGACGACGAACCUCAUAAUGGAACCAAGGAUACCCGACCGACGCCAGCACCCCCGAUCCAGAAGUCUGCGUUCGUUAUCGGCGGCUCCAGCGAUUCGUUGCAAUCCAAUGCGUCACGGCAAACGGACGAGACACCACUCUUCACGAGGCGACCCCUAUCUUCUGCCUCAAAUUCCAGUGCCCCUCCCCAAUCCCCAUCCCGCGCUACACCACAGCCAUCCCCUCAGCGCCCUCUGUCGGCGCACAACCCAACACAAGAAAAGCAUGUGCGGUUCUCCUUCCCAGAUCUCCGCUCUCACGUGCUUGCCGCACAAGCCAGUGCACUAGCGGACGGUGAGGUCUCCCCCGCACCGUCUAGCCCGAUGUCCGUAUCCUCUCAAAACUCCCUUCCCCCGAUGUCACCUUCCGCGUGGGAGGGUUGGGAUUCACCAUUAGAUGAUGGUGCUAAUCCGCAGCACCAGCUGUGGUCCCCAGCGACGAGGAUGUCAGAGUCGAGUGACUACUUCCAGAAUGAGUACUCAAAUACGACCGUGGGUGCGGGCGCGGCGUCCGCGUCGCCGAUAGUACGACCUGCACCCUCAGCUUCACAUGUCACAACACCCGAUGCACUGUUGACGUUCUACCAGACCCGCUGUCUGCUUCGGAAUGAAGUCAUGGUAGAGUCGAUAGCAAGCCAGAUUAGGAAGUCUGUGCUUCCCAAUGAGACGGCAAGUCUGACGGCUGUAACAUUCGAGGGGCAGCAUGGGGGAGACAACGAGGAUGGCGACGGCACGCGGUUAAGCAGCUUAUCCUUUGAUGGCAUUGUUGUGGGACCGAGGAACGUGGCGAGUUUAUCGGACUUGCUGUCGACCAAAUAUCCUCUCCGCAAGCUGAGUCUCAGCCAUGUUACCUUGGAUGAUGAGACCCUGAAGCCGCUCCUUUCGGCAUUACUGGCACAUGAUACUGUUCGCGAGCUAUCAUUAGCGCAUGCCAAAAAGGUCCGAGGCCCUUCGCUGAAGCACUUGGCUGUAUACGUGAAGAAGGCGACCUCCCUCCGCACACUGGACGUAACGGGCCUCCCGUUUGAUCAACGGAGCGUCUCAUUCCUUGCGCACGCGCUGAAAGAAGGAGCUGCACUGGAGACGAUGAGGAUGGAUCAGUGUGACAUGUCGCCAUCUCUACUCUCCAUUUUCGCCUCAGGGAUAGCAGAUUCCCGGCUCACAUCGCUUUCCUUGCGCGGCAACGCGAAACUAUUCCGUGACUCGGGAUCCGCGCUUUCCCUCCUACUGGGGCCUGGCAGCUCGUCAGGGGCGAAUGGGGUCCCAUUAUCCGUUAUCACAACAUCGACGUACAUUGUUCGAGGGCUUAGGGUGCUGGAUUUGGGUGAUAAUGCCAUUGGGCGGUCGUUCACAGCGUUUCCAAGAGCGCUGAAGCACAACCAGAGACUGGAAGAGUUGUACUUGAGCAAUAGCAGAGCACUUGAUUCGGAUAGCAUAGCAGAGCUGGCUGAUGCACUGAAAACGAACAACGCCCUCCGCGUUCUCGAUCUCAGCGGAGCGUCGCUGGACAAGAACAAUCAGCUCGAAGCGAUGCGUUAACGCAUAACAAGUCGUUGGAGACCCUCAAUCUGGCGAAUACCGAGCUUACAUCAGAAGGCGCCAUAGCACUUGCCGAGUCUCUUCCUCUAACCCGAAGCCUCCGCCGGCUCGAUUUGACGCAUAACCCACUGGAACUGGCGGGCGUGAUGGCUAUCUCGGUGUCCAUGAAGAUGAACAAAGGAAUUGUGGCGUUGGAUGUUGCGCCGGUGCUAAAGAAGUAUGUUGUGCCUGGAAUGGAUCGUUACGACGUAAGUUUGCC